GGGCCGACGCCGGCGAGCAGAUCAGUGACGCUCCCGCACGCAUGCGGCGAGGGGGUGGUGCUGGUGCUGCAACUGUUAUCCAGGCGGAUACCAGCCGCUGGGUCGCUUUGGGACGCCCAGAGAGCGGAUUAAGCAGACAUGACCCCGGAAGGCGCCGACGUCAUGACCGACGCGGCCCAGGGUCAGAAGGGGUCAGCGACCUCUUCCCGGCCCAAGUGGAGUCCUUGGUUUGACGGAAAGCUGGCCGUGGCGGCCUCUAUCUUCGGGCCCUACGACUUGCUGGUCUUUCCAAUGCUGUUCUACUGGGGUGGUGGAGGCGCGUUUCUGCUGAUUUACCUGCUGUUCGUCGCCCUAAUGGCGGUGCCGCUCCUCUUCCUGGAGGUGGGCAUUGGCCAGUUCAUGGACAGAGGCGCCAUGGCAGUGUGGAACAUCGCCCCGCUCUUCAAAGGCAUUGGAUACGUGACAACGGCAGUGAGCGCUCAUGUCUUCUGGAUCGCGCUCUGGAUGUUGACCGUGCAGGGCUUGUUCUGGGUGGACCUGGGUCAGUCGUACGUCCCUUCUCCGGAUCUGUGCGGGACCAGCGAGGGUUAUGGCACCAACGACAGCUACCCUCCUUGCCAGUAUGCAGCAGUGGGUCUGUACAG